AUGCAACAGUCGGCGAAGUUGCAUUCGAUUCGAAAAAUGAGAUCUGGUGACUUGCUUGUGGAGGUUUCUUCUCGUAAGCAAGCACAACAGAUACAAAAACUUAAAUCCUUGGCAACGAUAAGAGUUUCUGUAACCCCUCCCCAAUCACCACUUAAUAGCUCUAAAGGCGUCAUCACCUGGGGCGAAAUACUAAAUCUUCCCGUAGAGUUAAUUGUCUCCGAAAUGAAAUCUCAAGGUGUUACACAUGUGCGUCGAAUUUCCAUACGACGUGAUGGACAACUACUUGAGACGAAACAUCACGUAUUAACUUUUAAAACUUCUAAAUUACCGGAGUACGUCUAUGCAGGCUAUAUAAAGUUACCGGUGAGGCCAUAUAUCCCUAAUCCACUAGGGUGUUUUCAGUGCCAACGCUUUGGCCACUCCAAAAUGAAUUGCUGCGGGUCUCUCACUUGUGCCCGUUGUGCACAAAAAGGGAAUGAUAGCCAACAGUGUACCGCAGAAGAAAAGUGCGUAAACUGUGGUGGCGAUCAUCCCUCAUAUUCUCGAUCUUGUCCUCGCUGGGCACUGGAAAAGCAGGUUACGACAAUAAAAUUCAAAGAAGAUUUAUCUUAUCCUGAAGCCAGACGCAGGGUUAAAGCACAGACCCAAUUCCUGGUGAAAACAACAGAUAACGAAAAAACAUCAGAUUCCGAUGCUGAACAUACUCUGAAAACUAACACUGAUACUCAAAAAAUUGUUAGAAGAAAAUCAAAAUCGCAGACUUCGCUGACAUUAAACUUAGCAAAACGUGGUCUUACGCAAAAAGAUUUGCGAAAGAAACUGAAAAAUUCUGCAUCGAAAAAUUCCGUCGCAUUGGGGUUAGCGACGCAAGGUGUUGUCCAUAAGGACUUGCAGUCCAUCUUUGGUGACACGCUUAAUAGCCCCGAUAUUAAACUGCAUCCGUCUGAGGAUGAAUAUGAACUUGGUAUGAGUUGCGAUGAUCAUGCAAAUUCAACAACUGCCUCUUCUCUCUCUCCUCCCAAAUCACUUUCUUAA